GACACCAAACGAACCAGAAGCUUCAUCGAUCUCCCUCGUUGGUGGCCGCGACAAAAACACCCCCCGUGGCUUAUCCGCCGUCGAUUCCAUCACCCGGCGACUUGUCCGGCGUCGCCGACUUGCGUGGAGCCGCCAAAGUACCCGAUUAUCACAAGUCAGAAGAGAUUCGACUCCCUCAGCCCCGUCCGCUUCAUUUUGCAGUCGUCCCUAUUGGAAUCUCAAAACCAAGUAUAGUUGUUCAGCAAAUUUCUCCACCAAUGCAAAGGAUUCCAGGUAAUUCGAUUAAUCUUAGGAGAAUCAUGUAUGUCGUUUCAGUUCCUGUUUUUGCUCUGAAGAUGGUGCAUCAGGGAUUGGGAGGCUCGUUUUUUUUUUUUUUUUUGUUCAUUUGUCCUCCUGGGAUCGAGGAGUAGCAACGGGGGUAAUUUAUGAGAGGGGUAGCGAAUACUCCUUCCCCAAUUCCCCAUGGCCACCACCGACGGCUGCUUGGUCUUUAGAGGUGUUCAUGGAUUUCCUUCGGUCUGUUUCCCCUGACAUGGACAUCAUCACAGUCUCUGGUAACUGAAAUCAUCUUCUUCUCUGUUUGGUUGUUUGUUUGAUUAUGCUAUAAAGGAAUGGAAGUGGGCUAAAUUCUACUUUAGGAUCUUCUCAACACUGAACUUGGCGUAAUCAUCUAUAUAUAAAAAUGAAAUUAGGUAACUUGUGCUCGGACAAGCCGGUUAGUCUGGUCCUAGCCAAAGUCCUCUUUUUCUGUCCACAAUAUGUACAAGGCCUUAAUCAACAAUCAAUUCCAUGGCGUUCUAGAUUUUCCGGCCGAGUCAGUCCGGAGAAAGUUUAUUCCUUCCAAAGUAUGCGCUUCAUCUGGACUGCUGCGCACAACAAGAUACUUACAUUAGACAACCUCAAGAAACGCGGAUGGCAGCUCGCCAAUAGAUGCAGCCUUUGUCUGGGCUGCGAGGAAACAACAAACCAUAUCUUCGUUGAUUGCAGGUACACUAGAGAAAUUUGGCUGCAACUCAAGAAUUCGAAUAGAUGCAUCUCUCCGCCGGAAGGAAAUUUUUUGACGUGUAUUAGCAGAUGGAAGAAAGACAAACAAGACAACUUAAACGACUGGAUUUGCUACUGCAUCGCGCACGCGAUGUGUUGGCAAAUUUGGUUGGAAAGGAACCAAAUAAUAUUCAGGGCCAACCCCUGUUUAGUGUCCCAAAAAAUCACAAGAUCGGUGUGUUUCCCGGCGAGAAAACUCUUGUUGAAUUGAGAUGGAUUGCACCUUUGACUUCUAUGGACAACGAUUUCUAAGACACGGCUCACACCUCUUCAAACAAAGUUCGAACGAGGGUGUUUGAUUGAUGAUUUUUGGGAACGAGAUCUAAAUUAAAUUACUUCUACUCCUAUGGAGGUUCGGCGAGAGCUCCAAACUACGAACUACAUCUAUGGCUACAUGAUAGAGAAAAGGUAAAGGAUAAACUUGACAUGUGUGUCAGAGUGUUCGUUUUUUGAACCGUCUGUCUCUGUCGACCCCUCUUCUUAUUUAUAGCCCCGAGGAGGUAACCGCCGUAGAAAACCGCUUGUUGGAUAACUGCUACAAAGAACCGCUCCUCCUUCUUCGGUAGAAAACCGCCUCUUGGAUAACUCCCAAAAAGAACUGCUCCCUGCUUCCUCGGAGUGGUGGUUACUCCUUCAACCGCCUAGGUGCCUCUCUUGGAACCGUCGUGGGUUUGGAGUGUAGCUUGCCUCGCCUGGUCUUGUUCUGAAUCUCGUGCCAUGCUAGUCUUUUGACGAGCAUGUAGUAUCUCGCAAAGGGGGUCAUUGUUCUCUUGUCUCAUGGCCAUUGACUUCUUACCCAUGUCCAUGGCCCACUUGGGACUUAGUCAUUAUUGAUAUAGUGCUCCACCACCACGCCCUUCUCAUUCGUGUCCAUGGCCACUCUUGUGAAGUGGCAUGGACUUCUCAAUCAUGCACAAGGCCCCUCUCAUGAGGCGGCAUGGCAUUUCCAUACUUAGUAUUUUCAAUAAUUUAUAACGCUUCUUGCUUCGCGUCCAUGGCCAUCACAUGACACGGCCAUGGACCUCUUAAUCAUGCACAUGACCCUUCUCGUGAGGCGGCAUGACCUUCUCAGACUUAGUAUAUUUUGGAUCAUGAGGCGACAUGGCCUCCUCAUUCGCGGCCAUGGACUUCUCAGUCAUGUCUGUGGCCCUUCUCGUGACUUCUCAGUCAUGUCUGUGGCCCUUCUCGUGACACAGCAUGGCCCUCUCAUACUUAGUAUCUUUUCUUGCGUCCAUGCCCUUCUCGUGAAGUGGCAUGGACGUCUCAUCUUGUAUCCAUGCCCCUUCUCAUGAAGCGGCACGUGCUUCUCCUUGAAGUGGCAUGUACCUCUUCCAGACUUAGUUUAUUUUUCAGUCAUUAGGCAUUGGUCAUGGGGCGGCAUGGCCUCUUCGUGAAUUGGCAUGCUCUUCUCGAGACUUAGAAUAUUUUUGACCGUAUCGAGGUCUUCCUUGAGAUGGCAUGUGCUUCUAAAUUCUAGAAGGACAUGUUUUUGUGUCGUUUGGUCUUGGUUAUGAGGCGGCAUGGCCUCUAUAUUCAUGGCCAUGGACUUCUCAUACUUAGAAAUUUUCAUGCCAUCUCGUGGCAUGGCAUGGCCUCUUACGAGAGGCCCAUGUCCCUUAUUGAAUCAUGUCCAUGCUCAUUAAUGAGCUAGUGACUUGGGUUUAAAAUCAAUAUCCAUAAGGCCCAAUUUAAACAACAUUAAUUGUUAUAAUGAGUGUGGCCUUAUAAACUCCUUGAUUAUCUUGUAACUCACCAAUGUGGUACAAGACAAAUUUUAUGGUGUAAACACGGUGGCAGAGUGGCUUGGGGCACACAGGCUAAUCAAUAAGUUUGCAGCCGUGCGGGAAGUAUGGCAGGUUCCCAGGAGCAAUUGUUUGUCAUGGUUCUUAAGCAUGCUGCUGCUGGAUGGCUUCCAACUGCGGUCGUGACGCGCUGAAGUUGAGGCGGCCCUGCGCUGGCGUUGAGGCUGCCACGCUGCUGUGUUUUUAUUUUUCCUCUUUUCCUUGUUGUUGUCAGCCAUGUUGUUUGAGUCAGCGUUUGUGACCCUCAUCAGAAGUGGCUCGAUCCACUUAGAUGGAGUGAUUGUUCCUUUUGGCCUGAUGUUCCUCUUUUACAUUUUAUUCUUUGAUUUUUCUUGACUGUUGUUUCGUUCAGCUGGGCUGGGCCUCUGCCGCUGCUCCUGCCGGAUCCGUUUUUUUUAUCCCUUUUUCUUUGGUUUAAAAAAAACUUGUGCUCGGACAAGAAGCCUGCAAGCUGCACCAGUAAACUGGAUAGAAUGGAGAGGGAGGUCAGUCGAGUGUAGGCUGUGAUCAACGGAUACGUGGUCAAUAAGGUACUGAAAAGUAGCGUAAAGUCACUGCUUGAGCUACACAAACACAAGAAUCUGGCAGGUGCAUCAGUGGCGGGGGCAGUUGGUGGUUUUAAUCGAGGUAUGAAUAUAGACUCAAUAAAUUGUAUGCAUUGCAUGGAGUUUUAAUUAAUGCCUUCAAGUUGAUUAUUGUGAUAGUUUAAUUUAUGGGGAGGAAGGCAGGCUGAAGUUGUCGAGCAAGGAAGCACUAACAACUCACUUCACUAUCCUAAUCAAGAUCAUUAUUUCAGCACAUAUAUUUGUUAAUUAAAUCUUUCAUUUCCUGGCACCGUGUUGCAGCUGAACAAACUAAUGACAGCUUCAUUUUUCAUUUUAUUAUUUGGUAGUCCUGUUGGAAGUUGUACUUACUCUUCUUUAACUAUUUUGACAGAUACUCUUCUUCAAUUUCAUUAUAAGCACUUUUGGUUGAUUUAAGGAAGAAGUGUUUAUUCACAUUAUGGGCUGAACUUUUGAUUCACAUUCUGGGCGGUUCAGGGUUUCUUAGCUGUAGAAUUACCGUUCAAACAACCAUGUCGAGAAUGAAGUGAUUGGAAAAGA